CAGCGGACAUGGAGGCCCGAUUAACGGGCAGAGGCCCAUUCCCACGCCUGUAAAACUCGGCCCUGCGCGGUCCCGGACCAGGAAAAGCUGGCGACAUUUAGGAAUAUCGCAUGCGAAGAGCUCAGCGCCAAGGACGAGCGGGAGAGAAGGAACAGAAAUUGUGCCACAGAGACCAUGUUGGAUCGCAGGAUGGCAUGAUUUCGGGGUGAAUGAUGUGAUCGCGCUUCAGACCGUUUAUCACGGCAGUCGUAUGCAUUUCGUCACCUACGCUAGACGAGAUCACCUGCGGAUCAGCUCAGUGUACGGAGAGACACACCCUGAUCAACGCACCCUUUCCCCGCCCCAGUGCAGGCACCAUCGAUCAGCCAGCAGAGGUCGUAAUUGCAUCAGUUAUGAGAAAGUCCCUAUCCGGCUUGAUGUCCCACCCCUAUAUGAACAAGGCAGAGCUGAGGUUGAAGGUGACGAGGGCCGGGCAGCCAGGAAAGGACGACACAGCCGCAAUCCAACAAAGAUUUCUUUCUUUCCGACUUGCCACCCUCCUCCCCACCCUGUCUACGCCUACCGGACGCCUGCACCCCCAGUCUUAACAACUUCACUGCUUUCUAACGCAUCAUAUUUACUCAGCCCGGCCCCGUUUUCGCACAUCCCCAAUGGAUCAGAGGACACAGGGAGGAGGGCCCACCACACCACCCCCACUCCCCGCCAAUGCCCUACCGGUCGAGCACGAGAAGGACGGAACAGGUGGAAGGAAGGAGGACGAGGAUGAGAACAAGAAGCUGGAAAAAGAGAAAGAGGGCGUGUCGGGUGACCGUUGCAACUCAGGUGGACCCAGUAAUAAUAAUAAUCAGCAGCAGCAACAUCAACAAUCUCCACAAUUCUCUGUCAAAGAGACCAACUACUCAGAAGGCAACGUCAAGCUAAAGAUAGGCCUCCAGGCAAAGCGGAUGAAGAAGCCUCCUAAAAUCCUCGAGAACUACGUGUGCCGGCCGGCCUUUCGAGCAACCGUUAGACACGGGAGCCGAGGCGGGGGACGGGGUAAAGCCCGGGGGGGAGCGACCGAUGGAAGUAGCAGCACUGCUAGUACGCCACACAUUAAGGAAGAAGAGAAAGGACCAUCCAUUAACCACGGAACUCUUCAACCCUCCUGUGUUCCAGCGAAUACCGCACCCACAGCUUCUCAGUCUCCAGUCAUUUCCACAAUUGCCGCGACUUCUGUAAACGGAACUGCACAAAGUAAAAAGGGUACUCCAAAGCUGGCUUGCAAGUCAGAAGGAAAGACAGUUGUGAAAUCCUUCGCAUCUUCAGAGAAACCCCUUAACUUCCACAGCUCCGUAUCAGACAUCAAAUCGCAUUCCUCUGGAAAGAAGAGUCUCGUACCCCAACCCAACCCUUCAUCCCCCGCACCAUCUCCUGUUCCUAGAGCGUCAACGCCACACGACCCCAAAAUCGAUGGACUCACAAAACCACCUCAGUACAUUUACACUGACAGCCAGAAGGAGCAGGAGAGAGGAGUUCAGAACUGGGGGAGUCCUACAGUCACGGAGAAACUCGCACAGCUUAUAGCCAUCUGCCCGCCUGCUAAGUGCCCUAAGCCCAAAGCCCGCAAAGUGAACCCUGCUUCAGCACAAUGCAGCUCCCCUCCUCUGAUCUCUAAUUUGCAGCGGCCCGAGCGGGCCAUGGCCAACCGAAACACAUACUCCCGCCUGGCUCACCUCGCUCCUCCUCCACCGGUGUCACGACCCCCAGGUCGUCCGUAUGGCUCACGAAACAAAGACAGCAUCCUGGAGAAGCUCUCGGGCAUCCCUAGACAAGAGGACGUUGAUGGACCCGUAAAGGAGUCGAUUAUUAUUCCUGCAGCUUCCUAUGGCAGCAGUUGCUUAACUAGCAGCAAUGACAGCAAAGACUGUGAUAAUAGCAUAGGAAUGAAGUCACACUCUCACCUUGAGCACUGCUCCCCUCAUUCAUCCACAUCUUCUUUUUUCUCUUCCUCCGCCUUAGAAAGAAUAGGGAGUAUAAACAGCCUUCAUGGGACACCUGCCCCCCUUGGUUUACAGAUCAGACCAAGCCCCAUAGAAACAGAUGAUAGUGUAGAGAGAGAAAAAAAUAAAGACGUUGAUCAUCUUAAAUGCUUAAGCAAAAGUUCUUCCCCCACAUUGUCAGCGAAGCAGGACACUAAAGAGAUAGGUAAUGUAGCUUCACCUAGAGAGAGAGAAAAGAGCUCAAGUCCAGACAAGCGAAGUCCCACUCAGAUAGAUCACACUACCAGAGAACAUAGUCCUCCAGAGUCUGCCAAACACAUUGCUUCUCCUUUUGACACUUCUGGUACAAGUAGCACCCUAGCACCACUUUGUGAUGACGAUGACCCUGCGUCCCCUCCAUCACCAGCUGAGCAAGACUCUAAACCUUUGAAAAAACGCCGGGGUCGAAGACCUCGUUGGACUAAGGCGGUUAGUCGCAUGCACCGGGCAGUGGAAGAUGAUACUUCUAGUCAACCUGAAGCUACCACACCGCAACCUGCAAAUCCUAUUUCCUCAUCACCUGUUCGCCGGCCUGUAGGGAGGCCCUCCAAUGUCGAUUGUGUGCUCCCUGCUAACUCCGAACUCUGUUCACCACCACCCAAGAAAAGGGGUCGGCCUAAAUCCAAAAUGCCAACCCUGGAUGAACCUGUACGUGGUCGCCCAUCUCUCAAAGUGUCCCCUUCAAAAGUAUACUCCUUACCCAAGUCCAAAGAGGAGCAGGAUCCUCCUGUCUUGCACCCAGAAGUAGAUCUAAAUCCCCCUAAACCCAUGCCACGAAAGCGAGGCAGACCGAAACGUCUGCCUCCGACGCUGCCACAGGAGACCCAGCCUCCGACGCUAGCUCCGGAGUCGGCAGACGAUGUGGCAGGCGACAAGGGCUUCAACAACGUGGGCAAUGGGCAGCUUAUAAUGAAGACGCUCAUAGGCAAGAUCAACAAAAUGAAGACGGUAAAGCGAAAGCGGUUCCUUAACCAGAUCCUCUCCGGGUCAGGUUCAGGAACCGAGCAAGAUACGACUAAAAGUGCGAGCAUGUCAGCGACCGGGGGUGCGGCAACACAGUCUCUCUCCUCAAUUGCUGCAAAUUUUAGUGGCAAGCAUGGACCUCAGAUUAAUGUGAGCAAAAAAGGGACAAUAUACAUGGGUAAAAGAAGAGGUCGCAAACCAAAAACACCAGCCAACCCUUCGCCAGGUGCCCCUACACCGCCACCUGAACCCUUUUUGACCCCAAACACCUCUUCUCCACAUCACUCACACCAGUCUCAGGUGUCACAAAACCAGCAACACCAGGUUCCCCCAUCUGACAUCUUCCCCUCUCCGUCGCUUUCACAGUCCAGUGGGGGUCAAAGCCCUAUCAGCGAUGCUAGUUUUGUGGAGCCGGGUUCAGGGAGCUUCAUGUCUCAUUCGCACUACACCCAUUCCCAUCAGGGCCACCACUCGUUUCCUUUUACCCCACCGACAUUUUCGGCACCUUCCACUCGUACUCUCGGGGCUUCCACGUCUGCACCCUCCUCUCAGAAAAAAUCUUCCUGUAGAGGCCACCACCAUUACUACAGACAACAUUAUCACUGCCCUAAGAUCUCACCUCCGAGGCCAUUACUGCCUACCUCUCCUGCUCCUCUUAGUGAGCUGAAAGAGGCCACGCCUUCCCCGGUCAGCGAGUCUCACAGUGAGGAGACUGUCCCAAGCGACAGUGGCAUUGGAACCGAUAACAACAGCACUUCUGAUCGUGGUGAGAAAGCUGGAAGUGUCAGUGGGUUAGCCGGUUUAGGGGCCCCACAGAGCAUGACCGGGGGAUUACUAAUGCCUGGUAUAAUGGGGUCAUCUGUGGGCGUUGGGGUAGGGCAUAACUCUAGAGGAAGUAGAAGACAUUCAUCCUCUGUGCUUCUCGAUUGCCCCUCUCCGACGACAUCUCCGCUCGGAGCAAUGUCAUCACCUGACCCACGCCGGCCAUGCCCAGUGGCUCCUUCUUCUUCGAUAGGCCACAAAGAGAAGCACAAGCAUAAGUGCAAACGCAGAAGCCAUGGCUGCCCAGGUUACGAUAAGCUGAAAAGGCAAAAGCGCAAACGCAAGAAAAAGUACUUGCAGCUACGGUCUCGAAGGCAGGAUCCUGACUUCCUGGCUGAGCUCGAUGAGAUAUGCGUGCAGCUAGGUGAAAUAAGAAUUUCACACCGCACUCCUGCCCUUCGCUUGGGCAGCAGUUUAGGUUUCGGAUCAGGAGCAGCUGGUACAAGUCACGGAAGUAGUAUAGCUGGGAACAGAGCAGGCAGUAGUAUUGGAAGUGGCACCAACCCCCCACCUCAUCAUUACCUACAUAGAGAUCUUUUGCCCACUAUCUUCAGGAUCAACUUUAGCGGGUACUAUUCACCUCACCCAGCCUAUCCUUGCGAUUCUUUGCACUAUGUACGUAAGCCUGAUCUCAAGAAAAAACGUGGAAGGCCCCCGAAGCUGCGAGAGUCGAUGUCAGACGUGCCUUUUGUUCAUGGACUAGGGUUCCCCCUUUCCAGUGGAGGGUUUUAUCCCUCAUAUAGCGUCCCAUACUCUUCUGCUCCUCUCGGACUCGGAUAUUAUCGAGGCUAUCCCCCGGCCAGUGCACUCUUCGCCCACCCACACCACCAGACUCCACAUUCGGUCCCAUCCCACCACAGCCACCAUUCCCCUUCCUUCCCCCCACCUCCUCCCCCUUCAUACGUUCAUCAUCAUCACCCAUCGCACCUUCUUCUUAACCCUUCUAAGUUCCACAAGAAAAAACACAAGCUGCUACGACAAGAGUAUCUUUCCGGUGGUCGUUCAACACUACUCUACCCUUCCUCUGAACUGUCGUUCGGGUGGCACCACAAACACAAGCACAGGCACAAGCACCGUGACCGUUGCGCAGAAGAAGAGGGCGAUGACGGUGGAGGAGCUGGAGAUGGCGGCGGAGGAAGAAGUGGUAGCGAGAGCAUGGGAGCCGGAAGAAUGGAUCGAGCAAGAAGAGGAGGAAGCAUCGAAUCACUCCAGCGUUACGGUUUUGGUCAGGAUGGCUCCACUGACCCUAGCGCCAAGAAAAAGGUGGCAGCCCCUUCCGGUAACUCCCCUUCUUCCUCUUCGUCAUCCUCAGCGGAACGCUACAAGCAGAAGGAUAGCUCUACGGCAUGCCUAGUGCCUUCAAGGCUAUCCCUGAGCCAAGGGAAUCGAGGGCAUCACAACGUGGACUCCUGGUUUAGGAUGGGCAGCUAUGAUUAUGAUUAUUCCAAGCUCUCCCAUAAUCAGACUCCUAGCCAGGGGGUAUUCUCCGAUGGACACACGCAAAAUUCGAUGCAGUGCUCGGACAGCGAGGAAGACGAGCAUACUUCAGCUAACGAGGAAGACGAUUCAGGCCCCAGACACACCAACCUGUUUGCUUCUGCCCUCAGUCGGACUUCUCUUAGAGGUAACCGGAGGGGCAAGGGUGGGAACACGGAGGUCCCGAACCUGACACGGUUGGACAGGUCACAGAGGAAAGAACGCUCCACAUCUGCUGAGAAGAAAGAGUCAGGAAACUGCGGUAUACAGACUCGAUACAGUCAUUUCAGUGGCCCCGAAUGUUCGGAACCUCCUCACCAUCGACACCAUCACCAAGCUUCGCUAUCCGUCCCCCACCCAUUCUCCCGCCUCUCCCCCUGUGGCCUGGACCAGCCCGGGGGAAGGACGAGUCCUUCCACGCGCUCAUCGCAACCUUCGUACUGCUUCGACACUUCCCCCUCGCGCUCUUCCCAUCGCUCGGCCCAGCCUCCCCCCAAAAACAACCUACAUCACGUCAACAAAAUCCUCCGGGCUAAAAAGCUGCAGAGGCAGGCACGCACGGGCAACAACAUGGUGAAAAAAAGGGGGCCGGGGCGGCCUCGCAAGAACCCACUGCCCUCGCCUCCCGCGUCGCCUCCGAUGUCACCUCCACACCCUGCCCCUGAACCAGAAAAGCAUAGCGGGGAAUGGCAGGAAGACACGGUCAAUGACGCCAUCGAGUCCGUCAUACAAAGCCAAAAACGGAAAAGCCGUAAAAGAAAGCGCUGGGACAGGGACGAUGACCGGGAGGACGACGAGGAGGCAGCUCAGGAGGGAGAGGAAGAGGAAGCAGGUAGGCUAGAAGCUAGAGAAGAGGAAGCGACGACGGGUGGACAACCAACCGGAGGGAAGGGAUGGCCGGCACAUGAGGAAAUGCAAAGUUUUCGUAGUGCCGUAGAGGGAAAAUCUGACGGCCAGUCCUCCCCUGAACGUACCGCUCCAACACCAGUGGAACAAGCUCCAGCCGCAUCAGUGACCAGCCAACGGGAGAAGAAACCUGCCAGGCCGCCUAAAAAAAAGUUCCAGAAGGCUGGACUUUAUUCGGACGUAUUCAAGACAAAUGAUCCUCGUGGUCAGCUGCUCCAAUUAAAGAAGGAGAAACUGGAGUAUAUACCUGGGGAACACGAGUAUGGCCUUCUACCGGCUCCCAUUCAUGUUGGGAAGUACUUGAGGCAGAAGCGCAUUGAUUUCCAGUUGCCUUACGACAUCCUGUGGCUUUGGAAACACGACCAGCUCUACAAGAGACCUGAUGUGCCUCUCUACAAGAAAAUAAGAUCCAACGUAUACGUUGAUGUGAAGCCUUUCUCAGGCUAUGAAGCUACUACAUGUAACUGCAGGCUUCCUGAGGACCGUGAUUCAAAGGGCUGCAUGGACGAUUGCCUGAACAGGAUGAUUUUUGCUGAGUGCGCUCCCAGCACUUGUCCUUGUGGAGAGAACUGUGAUAACCAGCGAAUCCAGAGGCACGAGUGGGUUCAGUGUCUAGAGCGCUUCAGGACAGAGGGGAAGGGCUGGGGCAUCCGCACUAAACAGCCACUGCGCUCCAGUCAGUUCAUCAUCGAGUACCUGGGAGAGGUGGUCAGCGAGCAGGAGUUCAGGAGUCGUAUGAUGGAGCAGUACUUCGCUCACAGUGGGCAGUACUGUCUGAAUCUGGACAGCGGCAUGGUGAUCGACAGCUACCGCAUGGGCAACGAGGCUCGCUUCAUCAACCACAGCUGUGAGCCCAACUGCGAGAUGGAGAAAUGGUCAGUGAAUGGAGUGUACAGGAUCGGUCUGUUUGCCUUAAGAGACAUGGACAGUGGGACAGAGCUCACUUACGACUACAAUUUUCACUCCUUCAACACUGAAGAACAGCAAGCCUGUAUGUGCGGCUCUGAAGGCUGCCGUGGUAUAAUUGGCGGCAAGAGUCAACGGAUCAAUGGCCUUCCUGGGAAAGCGGCAGGGUCAGGAAGCGGCGCCCGGAAAUUCGGGAGGUUAAAAGAGAAGCGCAAGUCAAAGCUCCAGCUGAAAAAACGGGAGGAGGAGUCCAGUGACAGCAGCAAGUUCUACCAGCACCUCCUAAUGAAGCCCAUGUCAAACAGAGAGCGGAACUUCGUGCUGAAGCACCGGGUGUUCCUGCUGCGCAACUGGGAGAAAAUUCGGGAGAAACGGGAGCUGUUAAAGAGAGAGGGCGAGAGGGAAAGAGAGAAGGAUGGCAGCCUCUCGCAGUACGCCCGCUGGGGAGGAGUCAUCCGCGAUGACGGCAACAUCAAAUCAGACGUGUUCUUGACGCAGUUCUCGGCGCUGCAGACCUCUCGUUCAGUGCGCACACGCAGACUUGCCGCCGCUGAAGAAAACACCGAAGUCACACGCACAGCACGCCUUGCACAUAUCUUCAAAGAGAUCUGUGAUAUGAUCACCAGCUACAGAGAUUCAUCUGGACAAACACUUGCUGCUCCCCUGCUGAACCUGCCUUCUAAAAAGAGGAACAUGCAGUACUAUGAGAAGGUGUCCGAUCCUCUGGACCUCAGUACCAUAGAGAAGCAGAUCCUCACCGGACAUUACAAAACAGUGGAGGCCUUCGACACAGACAUGCUUAAAGUGUUUCGCAAUGCUGAGAAAUACUACGGCCGAAAGUCCGCCGUAGGCAGGGACGUGUGCCGACUGCGCAAGGCUUAUUACGGCGCGCGGCACGAGGCCGCCGUUCAGAUCGACGAGAUCGUCGGCGAGACGGCCAGCGAGGCGGACAGCUCCGAUUCAAUGGAGCGCGACCACCAACAUGUUAACAAAGACGACGACGUCAUACGCUGCAUCUGUGGCAUGUUUAAGGACGAGGGCCUGAUGAUCCAGUGUGAGAAAUGCAUGGUCUGGCAGCAUUGUGACUGCAUGCGACUAGAGGCGGAGGUAGAACACUAUCUUUGCGAACAGUGUGAUCCUCGCCCAGUAGACAGGGAGGUCCCCAUGGUGCCUCAGCCUAGUUAUGCUCAGUCUGGCUCCAUCUAUUAUAUCUGCCUGCUCCGAGACGAGCUGCUGCUGCACCAGGGUGACUGUGUGUACCUGAUGAGGGACAGCAGGCGCACUCCAGAGGGCCAGCCGCUCCGUCAGUCCUACCGUCUUCUGUCCCACAUCAACAGAGACAAACUGGACAUCUUUCGCAUUGAAAAGCUCUGGAAGAAUGAAAAGGGUGAGAGGUUUGCCUUCGGUCAUCAUUACUUCCGACCUCAUGAGACCCAUCACUCGCCCUCGCGCCGCUUCUACCACAACGAGCUGUUCCGAGUGCCCCUAUAUGAGAUCAUUCCUCUGGAGGCAGUGGUGGGCACGUGCUGCGUUCUCGACCUUUACACGUACUGCAAGGGUCGGCCAAAAGGCGUGAAGGAGCAGGACGUGUACAUCUGCGACUAUCGCCUGGACAAAUCCGCUCAUCUCUUUUACAAAAUCCACCGUAACCGCUACCCAGUCUGCACUAAACCCUAUGCCUUCAACCACUUCCCCAAGAGACUCGCACCCAAGAGAGACUUUUCACCUCACUUUGUGCCGGAUAACUACAAGAGGAAUGGCGGACGGUCAGCCUGGAAGAGCGAACGCUCCAAAGACACGGGCGCCGGCGACGAAGACCCCUCCCCCGGCGGGUCGUGCGAGCGGCUGUCCAACUCGAGAGACGCGGAAGGGAGAGGAGACGGAGAGGCAGAAGCAGACACGAACUGUAACCACGAGGACUCCUCGACGCCACUGACCUCACUAGCGCCGGCGCAGGAGCGGAGGAGAGCCGAUGAGGAGGAGGACGAAGAGGCGGAUGAGGACGAGGAAGAGGAGAAGAGAGUGGCGGAAGAGGGCCGAAUAGAGGCAGAGGCCUCCUCGAUCACCUCAUCGGCCCUGCAUCCAUCUUUCCCAGCACAGCGGGAGCGACUGCACAAGUUCAUGCAACCGCUAUUGCAUCGGACUCUCAACAAGAACGCUAUAGACCUUAGUUAUCUCCUUCAGGAGGGUUCCGGUCGACGGCUGCGCAGGCGCACACUCGGGCAGGGUGACUUUGUGAGCAGGAAGUGAUGACGGCGACGCACCUGGCGGGCACCGAGCUCGUCUCCCUGUUUUCUUGCACAGCAAAAAAAAGAAGAAAAAAAAAACACGGAUACGCUGGAGGAAAGACAAAGGUGAAGGUAUGAAAAACGAGGGACGCUCGGAAAACCUUCCUUCCUCUCCGGUUUGUUUGUUUUUUCUAAAUGAACCUAAAAAAGAGACCUGCCAAGGGGAAUUGAACAGGGCAUUUGCUUUUUUGUGCCAGUCGUGAGAGAAUUAUUACCCUGGCGCGUUAAAAAUAGAAGAGUAUGAUGCAACGACUCAAGUGUCAAAUGAACAUAGGAACAUGUUCUAUUUAAGCCUUUCGCAUAUUAACUCUUAUUAAAGCGUCAUGUCUGAUUUUUUUCCAUUUCUAAGCGUCACCAGAGGUCAAUGGUUUUGUCUUGUUUUGUUUUUUUAUUUUUACAUGGUACUACAUACAUACUGUAUAAAGCUUCUUGGUCUGGCAAUGCUGCCGGACAAGAGAGGAGAUCAAUCCGCCCUAGCGAAUAGAAACAAAAAGAAAGAAGCAAAGCGUCACGGAAAAGCGAGAAAGAGAAGCAACAUAGGAGGUGCAGUGUAGCGCACAUACACACUGCCCACCGACUGACAGCGGAGAGGCGAAGCAACCGAGAAAGAGCUAACUGCACUUUUUUUCUAACAACACGGACUUCAUUUGCUCCUAGAGAUAAACACUAAGGCUCAGCGCAGUAUUGAAACAAUGCUGUACGGACAAACACGACAGAGAAUCCAGGACGACUUUUUGUCGUGCUUGCUGUCAUGUCAUACUGUAAUUAUAUUUGGAAAAAAAAAGUGGGGCGGAUGGGGAGGGGAAGGGUUGUAUUUUUGUGUGUGUGCGUGCGCGUGCCCGCUUGGGGUUGUCGGAGAAAGAGACCGAAAUCUCUUGUCUUUAAAAGCUCGGAGAUUGGUCUGUAAAGCAUCUUGCCCUGUUUUUGAGUAUUUAAUUCACCAGCUCGACAAGAUAUUUCACCAGUAGGGGUGCACUAACUUUAAAUGUAACGCCUUAGAACGCCAUGGUCUUUGUAUGUGUGUGUGUUUGUGUGUGUGUGUGUGUUGGGUUGCUGGCCUGAAUGUAUGACCCGUCAGAGGAACACUUUUAGAAAAACGUAAAAAAAAAGGGCUUGAUGGCAAUGGACAGAUCUGUGUGACCGGAUAUGAUACGUGACGUGUCAUACAGUGUCAUAUGAGAUUCGUGGAGGGGCUUUAGGCUGUUGCUUUUGUUCCAUGUAUUGUGUUCUUGAUUAUAAUGGGCAGUUAAUGAACUAAUUAUAAUGAGGAUUUUUUUUUAGCCCCAUAAGCACGGCCCGUUUUAGCCAGCGCUAUCGUUGCCCCUUAGAUUAACUGACAGAAUGAACGGGAGGUAGGAGGCGUGAGAUGAAACUGACGGAUAAGUGAGAAAGGUGUAUAUGAUGUGCCAAGCUAUGUACAUAUGCAGACGGGAAUAUGUGAGAGAUUUCUCCUAAAAGCAAUAUCUUAAUAAUGGAUUUUUUUGUGUAUUUUAUUGUACAGGACUCGACCCUAUAUGUAUUAUUAUUACUGCUAUUAUUAUUAUUAUUCGGUUUGUAUUAACGUCGCUGUCCAUUUAUGCUCAAGGCUUGUAGCUAAUAAGCAUUACUUUUUUUUUUUUUGGGAGGCCAACGAAAAGAAGAAAGCGAGCGAAUCAAGCAGCCCAAACUUACACCUUGACAUAGGAGGAUAGCGAAACGAAACAGACUCGUUAACCCCCAGACCUGACGACUGUCAUUGUAAUUAUUAAUUUUAACAUAAUAAUUAGUAAUAUUACUUUCCGAGAGGAGAAAACGCUCCUCGUUUCUUGCUGCAAAGUGUUGAACACUAAAAAAACUAAAUGUAAAGAUGCUAUUUUGGAAGAAGACGGUAACAACGACUUAUAAAACAAAAAAAAAAAGAAAAAAAAAAAAGGGGAAAAUAAAAAAAAUCUGUCAGCUGAAUAUCAUCUUAAUCUUAUUUUACUUUUCCUUCAGAUUAAAAAAUGUUUGUUUUCUGAUACUAGUCAUACUGAUGCUUGUGUUUCUUGUAUUUGUGUGUUUUUGUGUGAUUUGUUUAGUUCUUUUUUAGACAAUCACAAAAAUAACAUGCAAGCGUUGUAUAUGGACAGACUGACAGACAUUUCCGUGUUGUGUACAGUUUGUCGAAAUUUCUUCCACUCUGGUUCAAAGUUUGUAAUUAUGAUACUAAAGUCAUGAAAAUGCUGUUGGUUUUUACUUUUUUUUGUUUUGUUUCGUUUUGGGUUUUAUAUUCUAUUUGUUUUGUUUGUUUUUUAAUAAAAAGCACUACAUUGUUGUGAAUAUACCUGCCUGUUGCUCCUACAUUUAGCCAAGAAUCAUGUGAUAGUUCUUUACUAGGUCAUAACUAUUGAUACUCAAGGUAUACAGUCAAAGCAUAUUUUAAUUGUAUGGAUAGUCAAUUAAUACAUCUGCAAAUAAAGUGAAUUUUAACUAUGGAGUAGA